CACUGGCUUGAAAGCUUAGAUGAUACUUCGUCAAUGGAGAUCCAUUAGAGUUCCGAACGAGAAGCUCUGGUUCUCCUCGACUCCCCAGAGAAACCCCAAUCCAAAUCACUCCCAGUGGCUAGAGAAUCUCUCUCAGCUAUGCCACCAGAAGGACCUCCCGAAGGCCGUGGCCACGAUGGUCGCCAUGGAAGACCAGCAUUGCCGUGCCGACCCCAUCACCUACUCGUCCCUCAUCAAGCUUUGCAUCGAAAAACACGCCGUAAACGAAGGUCGGCGAGUUCAUCAGCAUCUUUUGGAUGAUGGCCAGCCACCAAAGUUGUUCCUUUCCAACUCUCUUCUCAGUAUGUACGUGAAGUUCAAUCUUUUUGACGAUGCACGGCGCUUGUUCGACGAAAUGCCUGAGAGAAAUGUGGUUUCUUGGACGACUAUGAUCUCGGCCUUUGCUCAUCUAGACUCCCGUGAAGAAGCUAUGAAGUAUUUGAUUGCGAUGCACAGAGAGGGGAUUCGGCCAAAUAUGUACACCUUCUCGGCCGUGCUCAGAGCUUGUCAGACGCUGAGAACACUUUGGUCUAUCCAUUGUUGUAUAAUUAAGUGUGGAUUGGAGUUGGAUGUGUUUGUCAGGAGCUCUCUCAUUGAUGUUUAUUCGAAAUAUGGAGAUUUGGAUUAUGGGUAUCAAGUGUUUGAUGAAAUGGCUACUCGAGACUUGGUAGUUUGGAACUCAAUCAUUGGUGGCUUUGCACAGAGUGGAGAUGGAUAUAAGGCUCUUGAGCUAUUUAUCGGUAUGAAAAGAGCUGGUUUUUUGGCUAAUCAGAGCACAUUGACGAGUGGUUUGCGGGCUUGCACAGGGACGGUGAUGUUAGAAAUGGGGAGGCAAGUUCAUGUCCAUGUACUCAAGUAUGAUCAGGAUUUGAUUCUGAAUAAUGCGCUUCUUGAUAUGUACUGUAAGUGCGGUAGCUUAGCCGAAGCGAAUGCAGUGUUUCAGAGAAUGAAGGAGAGGGAUGUCAUCUCAUGGAGUACAAUGAUCUCCGGCCUGGCUCAGAAUGGCAGAAGCAUAGAAGCGUUGAGACUCUUCAAUUCCAUGAAGGCUGCGGGCACUAAGCCGAACUACAUUACUAUGGUGGGAGUGUUGUUUGCUUGUAGUCAUGCAGGUCUUGUAGAAGAUGGUUGGUAUUAUUUUAACUCGAUGGCGAAGGUUUUUGGUAUAGAGCCCGGAAGAGAGCAUUAUGGUUGUAUAGUUGAUCUUCUCGGAAGGGCUGGGAAGCUGGAAGAAGCAUUGAACUUCAUCGAUGCAAUGGGCUUUCAGCCGGACUCUGUCAUUUGGAGAACACUCCUGGGAGCUUGCAGAGUUCACCAGAACUCAAGUCUAGCAGCUCAUGCGGCAAAGGAGAUACUCAAAUUGGAACCUGAGGAUGAGGGAACUUACAUACUGUUGUCGAAUAUUUAUGCAGAUUCUCGCCGGUGGAGUGAUGUGGAGCAAGUGAGGAAGGCAAUGCAAGAUCAAGGGGUGCGGAAAGAGCCUGGUCGGAGUUGGAUUGAAGUCGGGAAGAAGACUCAUGUGUUCAUUGUAGGAGAUUUCUCACAUCCAGAGAUGAAUUCUAUCAGCAAAGAAUUAAACAGAUUGAUAGGGAGGAUCACUGAGGUGGGUUAUGUUCCUGAUGUAAAAUUCGUACUUCAUGAUCUAGAAAGAGAGCAGAAAGAGGAAUCACUUCGGUAUCACAGCGAGAAACUGGCUAUCGCUUUCGGGAUGAUGAACUCGAUGGGCGGGAAACCAAUAAGGAUAAUGAAGAACUUGAGGAUAUGCGGCGAUUGCCAUGAAUUUGCAAAGCUCGCUGCAAAGGUUGAAAACAAGACAAUUAUCAUAAGGGAUCCUGUUCGAUUCCACCAUUUUCAGGAUGGAAUUUGUUCCUGCGGAGAUUACUGGUAGGAAAAUGAGAAUGUAUCAUAUCAUUAACUUCCGAAAUUG